AUAUACACAGUUUUGAAGACAAAAUAUGAUAUUUUGAUAUUGAUAAAAUACACACACAGAACGGGAAUUGUACUCCCUUGGGUGAUAAUUUGUGAUAUUUGUGUUAUUUUUUUUAAAAGUUUUUACACUAAUAUUUUAGUGGUGUUGUACAUAAGGGGCAUGCUGUGAAAAGCAAAGACAAUUAAAGAAUUGGAGAUAAGUAAAUUAGUAGAUAAAAAAUAAAUUCCUUGUGCUAGUCACUAUAGAUAAAUUUGUGUUUAUUAUUUAUUAUUUUGUGUUUUUAUAACCAAGUGAUGAAUUUUCACUUAGCAAAUGCAGAUAAUUUUAUGUUUUAGCUUGUGGAAGAUAAAGGUGCCCAUCCUACUAAGCAGAUAGUAUUUAUUCAUAAACAGACAGCUUAUAGAUCAGUAAAUUAAUGCAUUCAAAUUCUCAUUGUUAGCUAAUAUAUAUUUCAUUAUUCAUAUGUUUAACAAAUUCAAGCUUAUUAUAAACUGUUUAAUAAAGUUUUUUAUAGUUUUUACAGAUGUUCUGAUAGCAUUUAAAUGAACAUAACUUUUGAUUCAUAUAAACCAAAGUUUUGAUUUCAUCAGUUAUAACUUACAAAAAAAUAUGGAGCAACACAUAGGUGUUGGAGAUAUGGUCCUCCUUGACCCGCUGACGGAAGAAGCAUUGUUACAUAACUUGGAAAAAAGAUUUGCAGAGUCAGAGAUUUAUACCUACAUUGGCGAUGUUGUUGUCUCUGUUAACCCAUACAAAACAUUAAACAUAUACUCAAAAGACAAGAUGAUGGAGUACAGAUCAAAGAAUGUAUUUGAAUGUCCUCCCCAUGUAUUUUCAUUGGCAGAUGAUGCUUAUUGCAGCAUGAGAGACUAUAACUUAGACCAGUGUAUUAUUAUAUCUGGCGAAAGUGGGUCAGGAAAAACAGAGGCUUCAAAGAUUGUGAUGAGAUAUGUUGCAGCUGUUUCUGGACACGGUGAAAAAGUUGAUAAUGUAAAAGAACAACUGUUGCAAUCUAACCCUGUCCUUGAAGCUUUUGGUAAUGCCAAAACAACAAGAAAUGAUAACUCUAGUCGUUUUGGAAAAUACAUGGACUUAGAAUUCGAUUUUAAAGGAUUCCCAAUUGGAGGUGUUAUCACGAAUUAUUUACUGGAAAAGUCUAGGGUGGUACAUCAAACUCCUGGUGAAAGAAACUUCCAUAUCUUUUAUUAUUUAUUAAAAGGAGGAUCAGAUAAUUUGUUAAAAUCAUUUGGUCUUGAGCGUGAUUUCAGUUUUUACAAUGUUGUGAACCAAAGUGGAUGUGAUUUUGUUCCAACAAUUGAUGAUGCAAGAAUGUUCACGAUGGUUGAUGCUGCAAUGAAGAAAAUUGGUUUCUUGACAGAUGAAAUAAAUGGCAUAUACAGUUUGGUUGCUGCUAUCAUGCAUCUUGGCAAUGUGAAAUUUUCAGAUACUUUCAAGAAUGGAAUGGACACUGUAAACCUUGCUGACCAGAAAGAUGCUGUGUUAGCAGCUAAAUUGUUUGGUUGCAGUUUGGAAGCGUUGUCAGGAAUUUUGAUGACGAGAACUGUACACUCAGCAUCAGAUAAAGUUACAACUACACUUAGCAAAUCUAAGGCAGUCUAUGGUCGAGAUGCUCUCUGUAAAGCAAUAUACAAUCGGUUAUUCAAUUGGAUUAUCAAAAGAACUAAUGACAAAAUCAAGGCACCACAACGUUCAUAUGGAAAAAAAGUUAUUGGUGUUCUGGAUAUCUACGGCUUUGAAGUGUUUGAGCAAAAUGGCUUCGAACAAUUUAUAAUCAACUACUGCAAUGAGAAACUGCAACAACUCUUCAUCGAGUUGACUCUUAAAACUGAACAAGACGAGUACGUACGAGAGGGAAUUGAAUGGAUACACAUUGAUUAUUUCAACAAUGCUAUUAUUUGUGAACUUAUUGACGCUUCAAAAGUUGGGAUAAUUGCGCAUUUGGACGAGCAGUGCUUGCUUCCUGGAAAUGUAACUGAUUUGACUUUUCUUGAGAAGAUGAAUUCCAGCUGCUUGAAUCAUGCUCACUAUGAUAGCCGCGUAAAAAGUCGAUCAGACACAUCGGUUGGAUUUGAAUGUUUCAAAUUAAGACAUUUCGCUGGUGAUGUUACUUAUAAUGUUCAAGGAUUCAUCGACAAAAACAACGAUUUGCUUUUCAAAGAUAUGUCGCAAGCUAUGUACAAAUGCAAUCAUUUAUUUUUGAAUGAAAUGUUUCCAGAAGGGAACCCAGACAACAAGGAUAAGAAGCGUCCACCUACGGUUGGCACGCAAAUGAAGUCUUCAGUAACGGCUCUGGUAAAAGAUUUGAUGAGCAAAAGACCACACUAUAUUCGAUGUGUAAAGCCAAAUGAACUUAAAUCUUCUUCACAUUUCAAUACCAAGAUAGUCACUCAUCAAGUUCGAUAUCUUGGUUUACUCGAAAACAUACGUGUUCGACGUGCUGGUUAUUGUUAUCGACAGUUGUAUAAAGAUGUAAUGACAAGGUACAAGAUGUUGUGUGAAGAAACAUGGCCGUCUUAUAGAACGGGAACUCCAAAAGAAGGUGUUCAAGCCGUAAUGAAAACACUUCGUGUUGAAUCACCUGAAUGCGAAUUUGGAAAAACAAAAUUAUUUAUUCGAGAUCCUAGAACGGUUUUCUUCAUGGAAAGAAAACGUCAUGAACGAGUUAUCGAACUUGUUAUUCUCCUACAAAAGAUUGUUAGAGGCUGGGUAGCAAAACACAAGUUCCAGAAAAUGAAAGCUAGUCAAAUUAAAAUCGCCAGUCAUUACAGAGGCUUCUGCGAGAGGAGGAAGUUUUUGACUAUAAAAUUUGCAGCUGUGUCUAUUCAGUCGCUUAUGAGGGGGCACAGAGAUCGCAAAAUUUAUCAGAAGAAAUUAAGAAAAUACGCUGCACCAAAGAUCAUAAAAUUUAUCAAACAAUGUUUGGGCGUUCGAUUUAUUCUGGUGGUUAAAAAUAACUUGCCUUCAAACUCUCCCUUGGAUUAUAACUGGACAAAAUCGACAGUGUUAUUCACAUCGGCUUCUGAACAAUUAAGAGUUUUACAUCACAGGUGGAGGUGUCGUAAAUACCGUAAAGCAAUGAGUGCAGAAAAGAAACAAAUUUUCACGGAGAAAUUGAAAGUCAGUGAACUUUUUAAUGGUAAUAAAGCUAGUUAUAACGAAAGUGUUCCUGUCUUAUUUGCUGGUGACAACAUAGGUGUGGCAAACAAUCCUGCAUGGUUGAAACAUCAAUCAAAACUUGCUUUUGAUGUUAACGUCAACAUGGCACACAACAUAAAUAAAAUACACAGAGCGAACGCUAAGGCAGUUGAAAGAAUCGUCGUGCUUUCGAACCAGCAUCUAAUUUUCCUUCAUCCAAAAUCGUUAGCCGUACUAUAUCACAUCGAGUUAGCGAACGUGAAAAAAAUUAGCGUGAGUCCGUUUAAAGAUGACGUCAUCAUAGUUCAUGUCAACGAUAUCAAAGGUGACAAAGCUCUUCAGAAGGGAGAUUUGAUUAUUACAACUCCUCAUCUAUAUGAAUUGGUAGCAAAGCUUUCUCUGUUGUAUCAAUCGUCGACACAAAAACCACUGGAUGUUACCAUAGCAACAAACUUUAAACUAAAUUUGAAAGGUAAAGAAACGGACGUAGUGGUGAGCGAGGCAAGCGAGACAAACGGAUCUGUAAAUGCAGUUUUCAGGAAAAAAGGAAAUCAAAUAUUUGUUGAAGGUUAAAAAACCUGACUGGAAUACUUAUCCACUCGUUCGAAUACGCAAAAUAAUUCAUUCGAAAUAACCUAGAAGUUCGAUAAUGCAUGGACCAAGACUCAAAAUGGCGACCGUUUAACCCGAGGAUGUAUGUUAAUCAUAAAAUCUGUCCUGCAUUUUCAAGUGUUGCGUAUUGUUUGUGCAUUUUACGUUGUAUUAUCUCGCUAGAUUUGAAUAUUAGAUGAUUUAGUUUUAUUUUCAGGCCUCCUUGUAAAGGCUUGUCUCAACUAGGUGUAAUAUUCCGAGGGAAUUGACUUUCAGCAUAUUAAUUGGCUGCCAGUUUCCGCCAUAAGUUUGGAUUGGUGGUUUUGGCGAGUAGCCAUUUUAAAAACGUAGUUGUUUUUGUUUAAAUAAAAUUUUACGUGCAAAAGCGCUUCAUACAAAAAUUCUUCAAAAUAUUGAGAUGCAUGUAGUGAACCGUGGGUAUUAGGGUUUAUGAUUUAGUUUUGUAUUUUUUACUUUUUCUACCUGAUUGAUAUAUAUUUAAAACGAAACAUAUUUAGUUUUUCUGAAGUGAAUACUAUUUAAAUUUUUUAGCAAAAUAAGGUCAAUCCAGUUAGUUGAUGUAAAAGUUAGGCCAGAUUAAAAAAUUCUAAAUACAAGAAAAAUUUAUCUGUUCUUCUGUUAUUUUAUUUACUACUUUACUGUGACCUGACUUACGGAGAUUAUUUUUUAAAUAAAAGAGAGAUAUUAUAAUAGCGUAAGUGUGUGAUUUAAUUUACAAAUAUCAGCGUUUAUAUGUGCGUAUAUAUUUUUUUUCGUUUCUUUUUUAUCAAUUUCAUGUUAGUGUUAUUUUUAAAGACAAAAUUGUAAUAUACUGAACGUAAAAAGCUGGCAUUAUUAAUAA